AACCACCCCUUCAUCACUCUACGUCCUUGCAGCUAGACCAGAUCAUCUCUAAUGUCGUCGGUUCAGUUCACAGCUCUGAUACGUCUCCCGUUCAUCCGGGGUGACUUUGAAGAUCCUCCGCAGGCACAAUGGGAUGCUGAAAGAGACCGCCAACUAUGGAAGGUCAUUUCCAAGUCCUCGAAGACCAGUGAUUUGAACUGGGUCGAGUUAGCCGACAAGUUCCAAGUUCCACCAACUUUUCUUCUUCAACAAGCCGCAUGGCUGUACGAGAGACAUCUCGACCACGUUCGCAAUCAGAUGAAGAAGGUCAGCAUCUCUAAUGCUGCUCCAUCAUCUUCGCCGACUGGCGGUAGCACGAUGACUGCUGUUGGUGGUGUUGCUAUGCGAAGGGGUGGCAGUGCCGGAUCUGGAGCUGGGAGGACUACAUCUGCGUUGGCAGGACGCUCGAGGGAUAGUCCGAGUCUGCGUGGCGCAGAGGUAGUGAUACCUGAACCUUCACUCUCAAGGACACCGUCUACCACCACGAUUACUCAAUCCCGGGCCAUUACUCAGGCGCCAGCUCGAACGUUGUCUACACGCUCGACUCAACGACCUCACUUGACAAGCAGAAGGUCCGACGACCGAGCAAAUGCACCAAUCUCACCACCAAGUUAUCGAGAUAACGAAGCAGGCUCUCCAGACAUUCCCGAUUCGUCGUCCUCGAGCUCAUCAUCGCUAUCGGAUACUGAUCAUCCAGCGCAUCGAAGCCAGCUCUUCAAGCGUCCACCGCGUUUUCAGCAGAAGAAACCGCGAGGGCUUUCGACGUUCGAGGAGGGAGACGGAACCCAAGAAGUUGAUGAUUCAGGCUCACAUGAGACAAGUCUACCUUUUGCGACUUCGGCCAGGACGCAACCCAGCAAUAGCAAGUACGCGCAGGACACACGUUUUCGUACCAGUAGCAGGCCCGAGCAGAAGGUUCUGCAACCCAAUCGCGCAAGGAAUGCUCCGCCUGUUAGACAAGCGUCUAUGGACGUGCAGUCGAUAGCGACCACCGAGACAGCAUCGUCAAUGACUAGCUCCGGCGGACCUCCUUCAGCCGCAAAGAGCCCUAUGAGCCCAGCCUCGGACCACCGCGCCGCGCUAGGCCGACUCGGCAGCCCACGACGUGGAGGGCUGCGAUCCAGGAAGGAAGGUAGUGAGGGCACGCCGAGUAUGGGCAGCAGCUUCAGCGACAUUGAUGAUGCAGGUAUCAGUCAGUCGGCCCUAGAGGAAGCGCUGUUGAGCAACAUGCAACAUGGGAGGAUGAGUACACUUAGUCGCAUGUCGAAGUGCUCUUAUUACCUCAUAGAACUAACUGUCAGCGCGAUGGCUUCUCGCUCUUUAAAGCCCAUCGCAAUGCCGCCGCCACCCAUCGUUCUGACAACAGACCACUCCACUACACCUCCAAUAGCCACACGCUACACAUUCGGCCGCAACGACAUAUGCUUCCCCACCGCCUACAAGCAAAUUAAAUCCCUUCUCACCUAUUUACCAUGCCUGCACCACCGCAACCAAUACACCUGGCCCUGCGCCACCUGCGAAACCACCUUCACAACCAAAUACUGGACCUGCGCCGCCACCCUCCUCGACUACUUCGCCGACUUCCACCCCAUCGACACCCCCCUCAUGCAAUCCAUCUGGUUCUACCUACUCGACAUUUGGCAAGAAAGCGCGCACGUUCUCCCUUACGAACUCAUACUUGAAGAAACCAUCCAGCAUAGCGCUGCACUCCCUCACGUAGAGCGCGCCCGCGCGUUUGAAAAAGCAGUCCGAGACGCCAUCACCCUGUUCGAAGUCACGAUCUGGGGCCGGAGACAAGCGUCAGAUUCAGGGGACCAGGUUAUCUAUGAUCCGAGGGGUGAGGCUAUGUGUCCCGUUGGGGAGUACGACACGGGUCCUUGGGUUAGUGGUGUGAAGCCUUGGAAUCAGUUUUUGGGGGAGGGAGGAGUGGGUGUUGCGGCGCCGUGGUCUGCUGCUGCUUCGACUCCAACUUCACAAGAUAACGGGAAUGGAAAUGGGGACGCAGAAGGAGAAGAAGAGAAGAUAACAACACGCUACAUCCCCCACCCCGCCAUCGCCCUAAUAGAAGGCCACACCGCACGCUCGCGCCUCCUCGCCUCCUCCUUCUACACCAAACAAAAACUUACCCCUGCCCAGUACAACGCCACCCUCGCAGCCUACGAAGCACACACCGUCGUCCUUCCUUCCAAGCGUAGCGAGCCCCAUACGUACAUCUCGCGCUUCACGGGCUGUGAAACAACAUACACGUUAUCCAAUGGCGCGCCUCCGAUCAUGCGCUACGAGGGGCUCGGCGACCCCCAAUUGGAACUUGCGGUUCCGGCCGGUGAGUGGAAUUUGAUGGAUGAGUGUGUGGCUAGUUGUAGGGGGGUUACGCCGUAUGUGGGUGUUAGUGGGGGGGAUGAGGAUGAGGAUGAGGAGGACGAGGAUGUGAUGGAUAGUGAGGAUAAGUUAGUACCAUUUAAUUUAUGGACUGUGGUUGAGAAGGGCGUUGGAGGACGGGGACGUGGACGUGAGGAGGUGUUUGACUUGGGGGGCAUGUUUGAGACUUGGUGGGAGGGGGAUGAGGGUUGA